AUGACAACUUCUGAGCAGAUAAAAGACAGACAUUGUUCACUUACUACCUUUUUUCUUUUUUCCACCAACACAGAACAAGAAAAAGUGAAGAUCGCUUCCCACCUGCUGGAAGAACUCCACAGGAAGUUCAUCCAAGACAGCGAGGACAAGGACGACCUGAAUCAGCUGUGCUUCAGAAUGGAGAAGGCCCACUGGCACUAUUUAGACGUUUAUGUGUCCCAGUGUCCAGGACUGCCAAAACUGUCAAUGACAGAGUUUGUUAAAGACUUCUUGGACCACUUUCCCCAUCUUCUGCCCCAUGGGGAGGAUGUACACAGUGUCCUUCAGAAGUGGCACAACUACAAGAAGACUAUCCCUGUCUACGGUGCCAUUAUUUUGGAUGAGACCAUGAGAAAUGUGUUGCUGGUUCAGGGUUACCAUGGUGGCUGGUCCUUUCCCUGUGGAAAAAUGGAAAAGGGAGAAAAGCCAAUUGACUGUGCGAUCCGUGAAGUGGACGAGGAGACUGGCUUUAACAUUGAGACCAAAAUUUGCCAAGACCAUUAUUUGGAAAAAAAAUGUGCAAAUCGGGUGGUGGGGCAUUAUAUCAUUUUGGGUGUGUCUAAGGAGACCAUUUUUCAUCCAAAAACCAUGAAUGAAAUUAAGAACAUUCAGUGGUUUUCAAUUGACAAACUGUCUCAAAAGCAUAAAUCCGACAGACAAUUUUUCACGGUCACAUCAUUUAUCAGGCCAUUACAAGACUGGAUCUACACACAUCAAAGCCAGCGGGGGGACAGACUGACAGGCAGCAGUCCCUGGAGACCUGCACCGUCAGCUUUUGACACAUGGGUUGCACGGCGCCUCCAAGGGUACGGGACCACAGCAGAUGGGUGGACGAAGAGGAAGGACUAG